AUGAAUGAGCAGAGUGCGCCAGAUUACGAGAAGGUGAAGAGCCAGUUUAGCCAGCCGACCUUCUUCCACGACGUCCUUAAUAGCAAUCUUCCGGCGGAAGAGAAGUCUCCAGAGCGACUAGCCCAGGAGGUACAAGUUGUGAUAGGCGCGGGCACAGAAACGGUCGCGAAGAUGCUGGCUUGGACGAUGUACUAUCUACUUGAGAAGCCGGAGAAGAUUCAGAAGCUGAGGGAGGAGCUGGAUCGGUUGGAUCCGACGAAUACUGCAACCCUUCUAGAGUUUGAGCAGAUGCCAUAUUUGGUGAGUUGCCUGGUUGAGUUCAAACAGCGCUAA